AUGGGCCUAUCUGGCGAUAGAACCUUCGUUGAAUCCCAUAUUGAUGCUUAUUUUGAAUUCUUCAACGCUAUUCCUCAAUACAACUUCAUUCAUAAACCGUCAUUCCUGCGAAACUUCCACCAGAAUACUCUCGAUCCGUUAUUCCUGUGCUGUAUUUGUGGCAUAGCCUCCCGAUUUAUCCAGCCGGGAUUGCAGCAAGGAUAUGUCGCCGAUUGGUUGAAAGAGGUAGAGGCCCAAGUCUGGCCAAAACUCAGCGAAAUGAAAGUCGGUAGCUUGCAGAUUCUUCUCUCGUUGAUCUGUUGGUAUUCUGUUGAGCGGAAGGUCUCGAAUUUGUGGACUGCUUCUGCUAUGGCUGCUAGGAUUGCUUAUGGACUUCGUCUCAACCAUGAAGCAUCAGACAAAAUGCCAUUCAUAUUGAAAGAGACUCGUCGGCGACUAGUCUGGUCAAUAUUUAUGCUAGACAAGCUCUAUGCAGGAGGGUUCCCCGAAUUGACUCUAUGUCCGGCGGAUACACUUCAUGUGAAAUUGCCAUGCGAAGAACAGAACUUCGAGCUUGAUAUUCCAGUGGAGACCUCUUUGUUGGCGCAGUCUGGUUCAUUCUCAGAGGAGUCCGGAAUAGGUAUCAUGGGCUAUAUUACUCGAUUAAUGAGUAUUCGACACGCAGUUCUCGAGUGA